AUGCUCAAGAAUAAAAGCAUAGGAGGUAAAAAUAGACGCAGAGGUAAGAAUGAGAAUGAAUCUGAAAAAAGAGAAUUGGUGUUCAAAGAAGAUGGGCAAGAAUAUGCUGAGGUAAUCAGAACGUUGGGGAAUAGCCGAUUGGAAGCCAUGUGUUUUGAUGGUGUGAAGAGGUUAUGUCACAUCAGAGGGGAACUGAGGAAGAAGGAUAACAAAGCGUAUGUGAUUCUAAAGUACAACGCGGAUGAAGCAAGAAGUCUGAAGGCGUAUGGUGAGCUUCCUGAGCAUACUAAGAUCAACGAAACUGAUGCUUUUGGUCCUGGAAAUGAUGAUGAAAUUCAGUUUGAUGACAUUGGAGAUGAUGAAGAAGACAUUGACGAUCUCUAA